UCUUUACAAAUUUGACCAUCUUUCGCUCUCACUCUCUCAGUUUUCCUUCCCUUUAGGUUCCUCUAAACUUAAGGCCAGUUUUCAAGAACAAGUUCCUCUAUUUAGGACAAAUAUAUAGUGUUAGAUAUGAUGGUUUGUUUUUGUAUUUUGGACACUCUUAUAUUGUGAGAUUAACUUUCAUGGAUUUCAUUUUCAUGAGAUGUCUCCAUGCUUGAGUGCAAGUUGCACUUGCACUCACAUCAAAUAAAUAUAUAUAUAUUUAUCUGUUUUCUUUGAUCUUUUUUUUAUAUUUCAUCCCAAAGUUAAGUUUUAGUUUGUUCUUGAAGGAUGAAAGAACUGCAACUUUUCUUUCUUUUUGCUUAUGUUAUUGUAACUGAUAAAGGAGGUUGGGAUGGUUAAACUCAUGGAAGAGACAACAACUCCCAUGAGUGCUACCAACAAGCCAAUGAUGUUAGAGAGGAAAGUAAGGCCACAAAAAGAUCAAGCCUUGAACUGCCCAAGGUGCAAUUCAACCAACACCAAGUUCUGUUACUACAAUAAUUACAGCCUCACUCAGCCCAGAUACUUCUGCAAGACUUGCAGAAGGUACUGGACUGAUGGUGGGUCUCUCAGAAAUGUGCCUGUUGGUGGUGGCUCAAGGAAAAACAAGAGAUCAUCCAAUACUAGUUCAUCAACACCUGCAUCAUCAUCACAUAAACUUCCUGAUCUCAACCCUCCAAUUAGCCUCUCACCCUUUUCUACUAGUAAUUCACAAAACCCAAAUUCCCACCAAGGCCAAGAUCUUAACCUAGGCUUUCCUCAUGCCAUGCAAGAUUACCUUAGUAUUUCCCAAUUUGUUGAAUUUCCCAAGAUUCAGAACAAUUCCUCUUCCUCGUCGUCCUCCUCCACUAAUACGUCAGCCCUGGAGCUACUCAGGGCUGGAAUUAGUACUUCUAGGGGACUGCACUCCUUCAUAUCGACACCGAUGCCAGCGGAUUCCAACAUCCCGUACGGUGCUUUAGGGUUUCACUUGCAAGAAUUGAAACCAAACUUGGGUUUUGCUGUUGAUGGAGUGGGAAGCUUCAUGUAUCCAUUUGGAGGGGUAAAACAGGUAACUAGCACAAGUGGAGUUGAUCCUCAAAGUAAUAAGGGACAAGGAAAUUCGAAUGGAUAUUGGAAUGGAAUGUUAGGUGGGGGAUCAUGGUGAAGUGAGAAAGAGAUGGUAAUUGCUAAGAAAGGAGGACUUGCUUUUUCUCUUUCUCUUUUUCACAUGGCUCAUGGUUAGUUUCUUGUUUGGAGUUGUUCAUGUAGACUAACUAAAAAGGCCAGGAGGGAUAUGCUUCAUUCAGCAAGUCUAGAGACACACAAACUAAGAAAUGACUAUAGAAAAUACAUGGAUGGACAGAAUUAUUUAAAUAUUAAUUCUGUCUAUUCAUGUAUUCUUGAAAUAGUUGUUUCUAUAGUGGUUUGUGCGUUCCUAGAUUUGAUUUGGGUUUCUUUCCCUUCACUUUACUCUUUGGUUGUGGCGAGUUAUUUAAGCUUUUCUAGGGUUUUGUUUCCUGAUGAUAAAAAACUUGAAACUUGAGCUAGUGGUUUUGCCAUUAGUGAUUUAAUCGUUGGUUGUGACCAUCAUGUUAAAUUAAGAAGUGUUCCAUUGUUA